CAACACUACCUACUUUCAUUUUCAGUUUAAAAGAUGACAGAGGUACACGUGUUGCACCAAUCCGAUGAUUUUGAUGACAGUGGUUCGGCAACCAGUGCAUCUGUAGAAGAACUCAGUGACACUGAAGAAAACUCAGAUGAAGAUAUGACAUUAAAAGUUGAAAAUGAUGAAGAGGAUGAUGGUGAUAAUGAAAGUGGAGACGAAGAUGAUGAUGAUAAUGAAAGAGGUGAUAAUAUUCUGUUCAUGGCAGAUGAUAGACAUAGUGACUCAGAAAUCCAAGAAGAUACAAAAGCAGGUCUUGCUGACGCCAUGAAUAAAAUUCUCAAGAAACAGAUUCCAGCACACAAACAAAUUAUUCUUGCAAAAGGAACUACUGACAAGGAGUUGACCCGAAAGCGGCAAAAUGAAGAUGAAGAAACUAGAGAAUCUCAUGUUUCUCAGCAAAAGAAAAAGCUCUGGGAAAGUAUAGGUCGCACCAAACCCAAUCCACUGGACAGGGAGAAGGAACGAAAACUUCAGCGUAUAGCACAAAGGGGCGUCGUUCAGCUCUUUAAUGCAGUGCGGAAACAACAAAAGGUUCUAGAUGAAAAGAUGAAGGAAGUGGGAUCAUCCGAGAUCAAAAGAGAAAAGGUGGAAAAGUCGAUGACGAAAGGCAAAUUCUUGGAUAUUCUAAAAAAUGCAGAGAAUAAACCUGAACAGGUUGAAAUUAAGAAAGAAGAGAAAUGGAGUGCUCUAAGAGAUGAUUUCAUGAUGGGGGCAAAAAUGAAGGACUGGGAUAAAGAAAGUGAUGAUGAUAGUGCUGAGGACACAUGAGAUGACACACAAACCAAUAGGGAUACUACCUAAACCAUCAUGUUAUAAUUGGAGGACUUACAGCACUGGAUUUAUCACUUAUUGUGAAAUCAUUAUAUUUUUGUACGGGUUAUGUUUUCGUUGAUUUUGAGGGUGCUUCUUCAAACAAAUUUACAACCUCAAUGGAUGGAUAUUCAUCAAUAGACAACCUUUCAUUAAGGAGACAUUCCUCCAAGCCUGUUUUUUUUUUAUUACCGUACUCCAUGAAAAUGAAAUAUUUGAAAAAUAAUCCAAGAUGAAAUGCCCUCACUUAUCACUGAUUAUAGAUGUAAGAGAUCUGAUUUUGAUUUGAAAACAAAUUCAAUGUUACAUCUGUCAUACUAUGCUAUUUCUUACUCAUAACAUUUAUGUAAUCCUGGAAUUCAAUUUCUAUACCAAAUUUUUAUCUGAAAUGUACUGGUAUUAUGGAUUUACAAGAAUGUUUAUCUCCCACUCCUGUCUUUGUGGCAUACGCAAAAUUUUGUCACUUUAUAGAAAUUUUAGGACUUUUCUAACCUAUGAUUGUCAUAUCUAACUGACACAGAUCUGUAACUUCAGAUAUGUAGAGACAGCUUUCAAUAGUGAACUUGAAAGUGUGGAAAUUAUAUCAUCUUCAUUCUAAUUGACAGACUCUCAAAAAUAGAGUCGUUCAAAAUUUGUGGUCAAACACUGCACUUUGUACAUUCUGAUAUCAGUAAAGUUAAAAACAUUGGAUGUGUUAUUUUAAUGCAUGAAUUUGUUUCUAAAUAUAAAAGACAUAACAAAAAUUUGAA